AACCAAAAGAUUUAUUCCAAUAAAUUCAUCAAAAUCACAACACACAAGUACCCUAACAACCCCCCUCUUUCUUCGUUAUUUUCCCCCUUUUCAUCCAAAGCCCUAAUUUCAAUUUCCCCCAAAAUCCCUCAAAAUUCUUGACAUAAAUCUGUUAAAGCUUCAAACUUUAAGCAAACCCACAAAGGCGAGUGUGCAAAAUGCAAGAAAACGGUGGUGAUUUACCCGAUGAGCAGCGCUGCAAACGCAACGACGGCCGGCAGUGGCGGUGCAAACGUCCGGUGGUUCCGGGGAAAACUAUGUGUGACGCACAUUUCCGGCAAGGUCGUCUCCGGCAGAAUAAAGAACCGGUCCCGGAAAGUUUAAAGCUUGAGAGAACAAAAACCCGAAAAAAUCAAGAAAAUCAAGAAAACCCUAGGCAGAAAAGUGAAAUUAGGGUUGAUGAAAGUUUGGGUUUUUCUAAUUUACCCAGAAAAAGGGGGAAAAACCCAUGUGAGAACAGCUCAAAUCGGUCGAGAAAAAGGCCGAAACGGAGCGAAAAGAAGGGGAAACUGAAGUCAUCAGUGGAUAUUUCAGAGGAUCUUGAUGAUGCUUUGAAGAAGAUGAAUUUGAAAAAGGGGGAUUUGCAGUUGGAUUUGAUUAGAGGGUGUUUGAAUAGACAGGUUGAGAAGAAGAAAGGGAAGCAGCCACAGAAAGAAGAUAUUGUUAAAGAAUUGAAGUAUGGGAGAUUGGAGAUUUCACAGGCUUUACCCUUGACUACACCUGUUGUGGUCAGUAAGGUCAAAGUUGGGGCUCCUGCUUCCAGUUCGGCGCCCACGAGGUUCUUUAGAUCGAAGAAUAUCGAGCGGGUACCUAUCGCCACAAUGCAGGUUUUACCGAAUAUAAAAGCUAACGUAAAAGCCUCAACGAAGAAGUGUCAUUGGUGUCGGAUGUGUAGCUAUCGCAUUCUUAUCAAAUGUUUGACUUGCAAAAAACACUUCUUUUGUGAAGAUUGUAUCCGUGAGAGGUCUCACGAUAAGGCCGAAGUCAAGAAACAAUGCCCUAUAUGCAGCGGAACUUGCAGCUGUAAAGCUUGUUUAAGAGGAAAAUCUAAAGAAGUCAAAACUAAGGAUCUUGUUUUUUAUAGCGGUGAAGAAAAGUUUGACAAAAGUCAACAACUUAUUUACAUGAUCUGUUUGCUCCUGCCAUUGCUUGAACAAAUAAAUCAAGAAAAAGACACCGAGAUGGAUAUCGAAGCUAAAAUCAAAGGAAAAGACCGCAGUGAGCUACAAAUACAGGAGGCGAUAGGCUCCCCAAAGCAGCAGUGUUGCGGUUUUUGCAAAGCUUGCAUUGUGGAUGUUCACCGAAGCUGUGGAAAUUGCUCGUAUAUUCUCUGUUUACCUUGUUGUCGGGAAUUCCGUGAGGGACAUUUACAUGGCGGUCUUCGAGAUCUCAAGCAUAACACAACAAAUAAACGUAAAAGUUUGUGCACAAUUUUAUGGAACUGGAAAACUAACGAUGACGGAAGUAUAGAAUGUCCACCAAAGAAUUUAGGUGGCUGCGGGGAUGGUAUUCUCGGUUUAUUUUGUCAUCCACCUGUUAAUUGGACUAAAGAUAUCGAAAAACGCGCAAAAGAAAUCGUUUGCAAUCCCAAGUUUACAAAUUUCUUCGACUUUGAUUCUUCCUAUUGUGCGUUAUGUGAUGGAAACGACAAAAGUGACGGUGAAAACGAGAUUAAUAACAAGGGUUUGUAUUUCUCGAUCAAGGAAGAUCUCGGGGACAAAAAUCUUGAACAUUUUACGAAACAUUGGGUCAAAGGUCAACCUUUGAUUAUUCGAGAUGUGAUCAAGAGUGAUAUAGAGUUGAGUUGGGAUCCGCUUUUCAUGUUCUUCACCUAUCUCGAUAAAAGUGUGGAAUCACGAAACGAUAAAGACGUGAAAUUGAAGAUUUGCUCGGAUUGGUGUGAGGUGGAAACGGGCCGGCAGCAGAUUUUUAUGGGCGGAAAAACGCACGCGAAUGUGUGGAACGAGAAGUUGAAAUUCAAAGUUUGGUUAUCUUCCGGAAUUUUUCAAGAACAUUUUCCGAGUCAUUAUGCUGCUGUGAUGAACGCUCUACCGCUUCAACAGUAUGCUAAUCCAUUAACGGGUGUUCUAAAUUUGGCCGCUAAUGUGCCACCGGAAAGUCAAAACAUUGACUUGGGCCCUUUUGUUUAUAUCUCGUAUGGUAGACCUGAAGAUCUUAUUGCGGGUGACUUUUUAACAAAGUUAUGUUAUCAUGCAUACGAUAUGGUUAAUAUUCUUGUGCAUGCGACAGAGCUUCCGAUUUCCGAGAAAAGGCUGAAUAAAGUAAAGAUCUUGUUGAAAAAAUACAGCUCACUGGAUCAUAACGAGUCUUUGAAGAAGAAGAAUAAAAAUAGAGACAAAACCGUUGAGGCCAAUGGGAAAUCAUCAUAUAGUAGUGAAGUAACUCAACAGUCGGAAUUAGUGGAUAUUAUCAACACAAACGGAGAACUCGCUCAAACACCUAACGAUGGUGAUCCGUGUGUGUUUUCCGAUAAUUUGAGCAAUUGUGAUUCGGAUGAUGAAGAUUUGUGCCAAGAUGAGUAUGGGAGUUCAAGUGGUAGUGACGGGAAAGUCGUUGACACUCAUGGGGCCCGGUGGGAUGUUUUUCGUAGAGAAGACGUGGAUAAACUUGUUGAGUUUCUUAGAAAGUAUUCGAGUGAGCUUAAUUCGUCUUAUUGUUCUCCCAGAAAGGUUGUUCAUCCGAUCCUUGACGAGAUCUUUUAUUUGGAUGCUUUCCAUAAAAAACAUCUUAAAGAAGAAUUUGGUGUCGAACCAUGGACAUUCGAGCAACAUAUCGGUGAAGCUGUAAUAAUUCCAGCCGGAUGCCCCUAUCAAGUAAAGAAAGUCAAGUCAUGUGUCAACGUGGUUCUUGAAUCGAUAUCACCUGAAAGUGCAUCGGUGGGCAUCAAGUUGAGUGACGAAAUUCGUCAACUCCCUGUAAAUCAUAAAGCAAAAGGAAAAAUGCUAGAUAUCAAGAAAAUGACUAUGCAUAGUGUAAAUGCCGCGGUUGAAGCAUUUAACAAAGUUCCACAAGGGGUUGAAGAAAGUGACAAAGUUCUACAAGCAGAAAUCAGUGACAAAGGUGUCGAGUAGAGACCAAGAGUUACAAGUAAUAUGAUCAAAACUUGUCAUGUGAUGUGUGUUAUUGUUCCUUGUUGAUACACAAAAAGUGCGUUUUCGGCCCAUUGAAAAGGAAGUUUGAGUCUGGAGAUGACUUUGAAUCAGGAUGAAAAAAUGAAGUCAUUGAUAUGUGCGAAUGAAGCUUGUAACUUUAAAAGAGAUGCUCAAGGUAUCGACGUCUUUGCUUAUUUGGCAUGCUCAUUUGCGAUAUUGAUCAUUGACAACGGGAACUCUUGGAAAAACCGCCAUUGAAAAUACCCCCACCCCACCAACUGUAACUCAUAAUAUUGUCUAACCAUUUUUUACAACAUAGUUUUUGUUAAGUGUUUUUUUAUUUGAACGAAUCCUGUAACUAUAAUUUUAGUUUAGUUGCAUUUAACUGUCUAGUCAGUGUAAAAAAAUCCUCACUUUAGCUCAAAUUCUAUUACCAAA